AUGCACCCCAGCUCCGAACGCAGAGAGAGGCAGGAAGAGAGGCAGGAAGAGAGGCAGGAAGAGGGGCAGGAAGAGAGGCAGGAAGAGGCAGGAAGAGGCAGGAAGAGAGGCAGGAAGAGGCAGGAAGAGAGGCAGGAAGAGGCAGGAAGAGAGGCAGGAAGAGAAGCAGGAAGAGGCAGGAAGAGAGGCAGGAAGAGAGGCAGGAAGAGGCAGGAAGAGAGGCAGGAAGAGAGGCAGGAGGAGGCAGGAAGAGAGGCAGGAAGAGAAGCAGGAAGAGGCAGGAAGAGAGGCAGGAAGAGGGGCAGGAAGAGAGGCAGGAAGAGAGGCAGGAGGAGGCAGGAAGAGGGGCAGGAAGAGAGGCAGGAAGAGAGGCAGGAAGAGAGGCAGGAAGAGGGGCAGGAAGAGAGGCAGGAAGAGAGGCAGGAAGAGAGGCAGGAAGAGGGGCAGGAAGAGAGGCAGGAAGAGAGGCAGGAGGAGGCAGGAAGAGGCAGGAAGAGGUUAAAGCUGAGUAUUUAUUGCAAAGCUGUUGAGCCGGGAAUAAGCGGAGCAGAGUGGAUGGAUGGAUAUGUGAAGAGCCAGGCUGGUGGCUGGCCAUGCCAAGCAGUUGGGGGGGGGUAG